AAUUCAAUAAAUCAAUUAUUUGUGAAGUUAUGUACCGCGAGAGGAGACUGUACAAGGAGGAGUGCAGAAUGUAAACAAGAUCAGGCAGCCUGGUAACGGUGUAUGGUUACCCGCUGGCCUCAGCGUCGUCUGUCUCUGCCCGCCUUGGAUUGCUCAUGAUGGCAAGUGGUACUGUUAUGAUACUGAGGACAAUAAACAACCAUUGGAAAAAUGCAAGUUUUGUCCUUCCAAGUAGCUGUCGUAGCUUCCAUACUGGAGGGCCAGUGUCAACAGACAUUCUGCAGGGUCGGUGGGCCUCUAGUCACCAAUACCAACAGUUGGAUCUGGAAGAGAAUUUUGCAUCUUCCAAGCUGGUGCUAGAUGAUCUUCCCCCUAAGGAGGCCAAGGUUGUGGUGUGUGGUGGGGGCAUGGUGGGAACCUCUGUCCUUUAUCACCUGGCUAUGCUGGGCUGGGGCAAAGAUGUUGUGAUGCUUGAGCAAGGAAGAAUUGGCGGGGCAUCCUCCUGGAGAGGUUCAGGGUUCCUUGGAGGAGUGAAACUCACUGGACCAGAGAUGAAAAUCUUAUGUAAAAGCAAAACUCUUGCCAAAGAAUUGUCAGAUGCUGGGCAUGACACUGGAUGGAAGCAGUGUGGUGGACUGCACUUGGCUCGCACCCGAGACAGAAUUACACAUUUUCGCAAGAUGAGAGCAAUUGCAGAAGCAAAUGGAACAGAAUGCUAUAUACUUUCUCCUGAAGAAACUGCCAAAAAGUGUGAUAUAAUAAACACCUCAGACUUGGUGGGAUCCUUCUGGGUUCCCAAUGAUGGUGUGUGUGACCCUUACAAGCUCACCUUCACUCUUCUCAAACUAGCUUUGGAGCAAGGAGCACAUGUUGUGGAUGAGUGUCACCUGUCUCGAAUAAUGGUUCAGAAUGAGCGAGUGGUGGCUGUAGAAACUAGCAAGGGCAUGAUAGAAUGUGAUUACAUUGUCAAUACAGGUGGUCUCUGGGCUCGGAAUAUUGGCCAGAUGUCUGAGCCUCAGGUCAAGGUGCCAGUCCAUCCUGCAGAACACUAUUUCCUCUAUACUCAGAAGCUGGAUGGAAUUGAUCCUAUGAUGCCUGCUCUGAGAGAUCCUGAUGGCAAUAUAUACAUCAGAGAGUUCAAUGGAGGAUUUCUAUGUGGUGGUUUUGAGAAGUGGGCCAAACCAUCAUUUGAGAAAGAAUUACCAGGUCCUCUUCAAGACAGAGAAUUGCUGGAGGACUGGGACCAUUUCUUUGUCAUGCUCAAGGAAAUGCUGUUUCGUGUGCCUGUAAUGAAGAAGGCAUCUCUUGGCUGUCUCUAUAAUACCUCUUGUGCAUUCUCUGCUGAUCACAGGUGGAUUCUAGGGAUGGUCCCUGAACUGACAAACUACUUUGUGGUUGGUGGACUGAGGAGUGGAGGUAGCAGUGCAGCAGGAGGCAUCGGCUCCAUGAUUGCUGAGUGGAUUGUUAGUGGGACGCCAAACAUGGAUGCAUAUGAUCUGGAUAUCUUGCGUUUCCUACCAGCGCACAACAAUGGGAAAUUUUUAUUAGAUCGUGUACGAGAAGUUCCAGGAAUCCACUACAGUAUUGCGUAUCCCUUUUCUGACUUCACGACUGGAAGAUGCUUACGUAUGUCACCAAUAUUUCCUCGACUGAAGGCUGCAGGUGCUGUGUUUGGGCAAGUGAUGGGCUAUGAACGGCCAAGUUACUUCCUUCACAAAUCUAAUGGAGAUUCAGCUGAUUACGAGACUACCUUUGACAAUGAGGCAUCAAUUCCCUUUCAAAUUGCUACAACAAAAACAUGGACCAAGCCACAAUGGUUUGAGAGUGUUGCAAAGGAGUAUGCUGCCUGCAGGGAAGGAGUUGCCCUUCUGGAUUACUCCUCAUUUGCAAAGUUUGAUGUAUGGUCAAAAGGCGAUGAAGUAGUGCAAGCCCUGCAGUACCUGUGCAGCAAUGAUCUGGACAUUCCUGUUGGCAACAUUAUACAUACUGGAAUGCAGAAUUCGUAUGGUGGCUAUGAAAAUGACUGUUCACUGGCUCGCACUGCCCCAAAUCACUACAUGAUGAUAGCGCCCAGCAUUCAGCAGACACGCAGCAUCACUUGGCUCAAGAGGAACCUCCCAUCAGAUGGCUCCGUGGUCAUGAGUGACGUCACCUCAAUGUACACUGCCAUAUGCCUCAUGGGUCCAUUGGCACGGAACGUUCUCUCUGAACUGACGGAUGAAGAUCUCUCACCCAAGGCGUUCCCUUUCUUCUCUUUCAAGGAAAUGGAUGUUGGUCUUGCUAAUGGAAUUCGUGCCAUGAAUAUCACUCACACAGGGGAACUAGGAUGGGUAUUAUACAUCCCAAAUGAGUAUGCAGUACAUGUGUAUGAGAAUUUAGUAUCUGUGGGCAAGAAGUACAACAUGCUUCACGCUGGUUAUUAUGCUAUGCGUUCCUUAAGAAUAGAGAAGUUCUAUGCCUUCUGGGGCCAAGACCUGGACUCCACCACAACACCCCUGGAGUGUGGGCGAGGCUUCAGAGUUAAGCUGAAUAAAGACAUAGAUUUCAUUGGUCGAGAGGCUUUGGAACAACAGAAGAAGGAAGGUGUGAAAAGAUUGUAUGUGCAUCUGCAGCUGGAGGACCACAAUCCUGAGGUGGACCCUUGGGCCUGGGGUGGAGAGCCUAUCUAUAGGGAUGGUGUAUUUGUUGGUGUUACCACAACCACUGGCUAUGGCUUCACACUCAAUAACUUGAUUUGCCUGGGCUUUGUAAGGAACUAUGAUAAGAAUGGCAAUAUGGAUUACGUGACUCCAGAAUAUAUUAUGGCUGGAGACUAUGAAGUGGAUAUUGCUGGUGUGCGAUAUUCGGCCAGCGUCAGUCUGCGGUCACCUUCAUUACCUUCCAAGUUCCCAGAGCCACAGAGCAACCGUUACUUGGCAACACAGACAUAAUUGCUGCUCCUAAGAAAGGAAUGAUGACAAAAGAUGGAAACAGGUGCUUAAGAGUCUAAUGUUGAGGCUUUCAAGGCUGUGUCUAUGUAUUUACAGUUGCUUCCUAUUCAUCUCUGUCAUGUUCUUUUACACUUUCUUGCUCCUCUUGCAUCCCUCUUUUAUGUGAUAACUCUUCACUGUUCAUCUCUCCUAUUGAUGAUCUUCCCUCUAUCCUUAUCUAGCAUCAAAUUUAUCUUUACAUAUUGCUUCUUUUUUCCAUUUCAUCCACAUGCCAGACCUAUUAUGGCACUUCCUGCUUUGUUCAGACAGUAUAUAUGUUAAUGAUAUAUUACAAAACACAUUUCCUGAUAGAGCUUCAACAAAGACUUAUAUGUAGAUAGAUAAAAUCAAACUAGUCAGUAUACAAUAGAAUAACAUCCAGUGCAAACAAGUUAUGCAACAUGGCAGUGGCAAACUAUAUAACAAUGAUCUAAGGCAAAAGAGACAUGAAAGAGAUGUCAUUCAUGAUUGAGAUAGCAAUCUGAAUGCAGGUGUUUUGUGCAUCUUGACCUGUGACUAUUAUCAGAUAAUAUGUGAUGGCUUAAAUGAUUUGAUAUUGCAAUCACUUUUCAUACCAGAAUUGCCCAUCAUGUAAAGUAAUUGCUGCAGUACUUGAAGGAUGUAAGCAACAUAUAUUGUGUGUAUGCAUGAAAAAUUACAAUGUUGAUGUCUUUUUAUAGAGAGCACAUGUUGCUAUAAGCAUUAUGUUGAAAAAGCUUUUCUGUAAUACAUGCAAAAUAAUAAUCCUGAUCACACAUCCAGUUGAACAACAUUGCCUUUUAGAUUUAACUUAGGGCUCUAGGCACACUGCACAGUGAGGUACAUGGCAGUGUGUUACUGAACACAAUCCACAAGAUUAGGUUUGAAAUAGAUUAAUGGACCAUGCACAGAGUGAAGCCCCACAAAGGUUGUGAAUUAUUCUGUACCAUUGAUUUGACUGAUAUUUUAUGCUACAACUUCAGGGUCAUUUAAUGUGUGCCCUCAAUGAAUACUGAUUGGAAAUCUCAUAUUGUAUUGAGUUCUUGAGUUGUUCUUGAUACUGUUAGUGUUGUUUGCAAGAAUCAGCUGUUCAAAUCUGCUGGUAGGUUGGGCAUUCCAUUGCCUUUUUUGGUAAGAUGACAAAGAUGCAUUUCUAUGUGGUAUACAUUUUGUCUUAUACUUAUUGUUAUUGGAGGAACAUUGCCAUAAGCAGCUUAGUUAUGGAGCAACAGGAUCCACUAUGAUUCUCUAUGUGAUUUACAAAUAUUUUGUAUAUGUACUUCAAAACACUUUACUGUAUAAGCAGACUUCAAUAUUUUCAUGUAUAUAAAAUGUAAAUAGAGUUUUCUUAUUUAAA